ACUUUUAUUUUGUAUGCAAUUAAUCAUGAUUAAUUUUUUACUUUAUUUUCUAAUAUUUAUUCAAAACAAUGAUUUUGUAAGACAUUAAAAUCAUAAAAAUGCAUGUCUGUGGUUUUAUUAGUACACGAAACAUUGAAAGUGAAUAACACAACUUAACUAUACAUGGAGACUGUCACUUUUAUUUAUAUAGCACUUUUCAAUGUACCGUUAUAUUAGUGUCUGUAUAAUGUGAUGUCAUUUCUGUUGGCGUAUUUAAUAAUGUAUAGUUCACUGAUGGGUCCUGGAGAUUCCCUUUUAACUGGAAGGGGGUCAUUGCACCACUUGGGGUAACUGAGACCUUUGUUUUGGUAUUUUAAAUUUUUUAAAGACAAUUAUGAAAAAUGCACUUGGCAUUUAGUUUAAAAUCCUUAAUUUGACCUUUGGUAUUUUAUUCACUUGUUUUUAGUAAAAUAUUAUGGACCAAUGUCCAAUGUUUGUGUUUCAGGUAAUUAUCAAUAUGGUGACGCAUACAAAUCCAAUGUCAGACAGCAACUGGACCAUUGAGUCCCUGUGUAAAACUGAAGCAAGGAUUUAUCACUGUAAUCAUUCAGAAAGCGUGAAACCUCAGAGUCCACCUCUCCUGAUGGACGCCUGGCUGGUCCCUCUGUUUUUCGCUCUUAUCAUGCUUGUGGGUUUGGUGGGGAACUUGCUGGUCAUCUAUGUCGUCUUUAAAAACCACCAGAUGAAAACUGUUACAAACCUCUACAUAGUUAAUCUGGCCACCACAGAUAUACUUUUCCUGGUCUGUUGUGUUCCUUUCACGGCCACUCUGUAUCCACUUCCAAGCUGGAUAUUUGGGGAUUUCAUGUGUCGCCUGGUAAAUUAUCUGCAACAGGUAACAGCACAGGCAACCUGCAUCACUCUGUCUGCAAUGAGCGUUGAUCGCUUUUAUGUGACUGUUUACCCGCUGCAGUCUUUACAUCACAGAACAUCACAGAUGGCUCUGUCUGUCUGCACCUCUAUCUGGAUAUGCUCUUGUUUACUGUCGGUGCCGAUCGCUCUUUACCAGCAUACAGAGUCUUCAUUCUGGUUCGGCCCGCAGACGUACUGCACCGAGGCUUUUCCCUCGGUCACACAUAAGAGAGCUUACAUAAUUUAUUCAUUCCUGGCUGUUUAUCUGCUGCCCCUGAUCACAAUCUGCAUGUGUUAUGCAUUAAUGCUGAAGCGCAUCGGUCAUCCUGCAGUGGAGCCUAUCAAUGGAUGUACUUUAAUGGAGCUGCAGACACAGGCAGAGCGAGUGGAGGCCGUGAGGAUAAGGGUGUCCAGAAUGGUGGUGGUAAUGGUGCUUCUGUUUUUAAUUUGCUGGGGUCCCAUCCAGAUACUGAUUCUCAUACAAGCGUUCUGUUCAGAAGAUCUCAGUCACAGUUAUACGCUCUAUAAGCUGAAGAUCUGGGCUCAUUGCAUGUCCUAUUCCAACUCCUCCAUCAAUCCGCUGGUCUAUGCCUUCAUGGGAGCCAACUUUAGAAAGGCCUUCAGAACCGUCUGCCCUUUCAUCUUCAAAAGGAACGCAAGAAGAUCACAGCUUCUCCCCACACAUAACAGUGAGAUGAACGUCCUUUCAUCCUGACAUUAAAAGCAUUUUUUGGAAAGGUUAACUGAGAUAUUAUAGUGUUUCUGAAGCUUUGCGUAGGACAGCAGCAGCACAAAAGGCUGUGGGUUUGAUACUGAACAACAUCCUAUAGCUUGAAUGUACAGUAGGUAACUUUGCAUUAAGGCAUCUGCCUAAUGAAUAAAUGUACAGGUAAAUCUGUAUUACUGAUGUUUUUAUUCAUAUUUUAAAUGAUUGAACUCUAAUAUGUGAAACGUUACUUUAUUAUGAGUGUAGUUUUUCCUAUUUUCUAUUUUAAAAGUGUUUUUAUUUAAUUUAAUUUAUAAAUUAAACAUAUACUAUUUUAUCUAUUUGA